AUGCGUAAUUCGCGCGCAAUAUUGGAUGAUGGGGGAAAUGUGGCCAUCGACUCCGCAGUUGUCACCUCAAGAGGAGCAGGAAAAGCUGCUAGAGGAGGCCACCAAAGUUGUCAAGAGCCAAUCCUUUCAAAUGAAAAGAUGCCUAGACAAAGGCAAACUAAUGGAAGGCCUAAAGCAUGCUUCCAACAUCUACGACACUUGGAACUGUAUUUAGUUGAAGAAUUUCAGAAGGGCCGAAAAGUUGCUGACCUUUAUGAGUUAGUACAAUAUGCUGGCAAUAUUGUCCCUCGUCUGUAUCUCCUCAUUACUGUUGGCGUUGUAUACAUCAAAUCCAAUGAGUUGUCCCGAAAAGAUAUCCUGAAGGAUUUGGUAGAAAUGUGCCGUGGUGUGCAGCAUCCCCUUCGGGGACUUUUUCUGAGAAACUAUCUUCUACAGUGCACUAAAAAUGUUUUGCCUGAUGUGGCUGAUGAUGCAUCAAGUUCUGCAAGUAACCAAGAAGUCUGGAGCCCAAAACACGUUGAAGGAAAUGAAAGAAAUGGUGAGGGUGAGUAUGGUUCCAUCCGGGAUUCAAUUGACUUCAUUCUGCUGAACUUCUCGGAGAUGAACAAGCUGUGGGUACGGAUGCAACACCAGGGACAUUCCCGUGACAAGGACAAACGUGAGCAAGAGAGACGCGAAUUGCGUAUCCUUGUUGGAACCAACCUGGUUAGACUCAGUCAGUUGGAAACAAUCGAUGUUGAAAAAUAUAAAAAGGUUAUGCCCGGAAUCUUGGAACAGGUCGUCAGCUGCCGAGAUGCUAUUGCUCAAGAAUACAUCAUGGAGUCUAUUAUUCAGGUUUUUCCUGAUGAGUUCCAUUUGCAGACUCUAAAUGGUUUCUUGCGUGCAUGUGCGGAGCUUCAACAAGCUGUCAAUAUCAACAAUAUCAUCAUUGCUUUGAUUGAAAGGUUAGCUCACUAUGCUCAGAAUGAAGAAAGCACUGGAAUCCCUGCAGACAUUCCUCUUUUUGACAUUUUCACACAGCAGAUUGCUUUAAUUAUACAGAAUCGGCCAGACAUGCCAGCAGAAGAUAUUGUAGCUUUGCAGGUGGCUCUUAUUAAAUUGGCUCUUAAAUGUUAUCCUGACAGAGUGGAUUAUGUUGACAAAGUUUUAGAAACAACUGUGGAAAUAUUCAACCGCUUACAGUUAGAACACCUCAAAUAUGGUACCCCAGUGUCAAAGGAGUUGAUGCACUUGCUGAAGAUUCCUAUAGAUACCUACCACAAUUUACUGACCGUGCUAGAAUUAAAGAAUUUUGGCCCACUAUUUGAAUGCUUUGAUUAUCACGGUCGUAAAACAAUGAGCGCUUUCCUUAUCAACAGUGCCCUUGAGAAUGAUACAAAGAUCCCAACCCCUGACCAGGUGGAUACAAUACUGAACAUAGUUUCCAUACUGAUAGUAGACCAGAGUGAUCAGCCUGAUGAGCCAGAUGACCCUGAGGAUUUUGCUGAAGAGCAAGGCCUGAUGGGAAGAUUCAUACAUCUGAUGGUGUCCGAUGAUCCGAACCAACAAUUUCAUAUUCUAAACACAGCUCGUAAACACUUUAGCAAUGGUGGCAAUGCUCGGAUCAAAUACACUCUACCUCCUAUUGUUUUUGCUGCUUAUCGUUUGGCUUUUCUUUACCAUUCUCUUCAGAAUGAUGAUGAACAAUGGGAAAAGAAAUGUGGACGCAUUUUUCAAUUUUGUCACCAGACAAUUGGUGCCUUGAUCAAAGCAGAACAGGCUGAGAUACCACUGCGAUUGUUCCUGCAGGGAGCAAUAGCUGCCGGCAAGAUCAAGUAUGAAAACUAUGAAACAGUUGCAUAUGAGUUCAUGUCCCAGGCUUUCUCACUUUACGAAGACGAAAUCAGUGACAGCAAAGCACAGCUUGCUGCCAUUACUUUGAUUAUUGGAACGUUGGAACAGAUGUCUUGUUUUGGGGAGGAGAACCAUGAACCUCUUCGUACUCAGUGUGCUUUGGCUGCUUCCAAGUUACUUAAGAAGCCAGAUCAGUGCCGGGGAGUCUCCAUAUGCUCACACCUUUUUUGGUCAGGGAAAAAAGAGGAUCAAGAAGAAAUGCAUGAUGGUAAAAGAGUCGCUGAAUGUCUAAAGAAAGGGGUCAAAAUUGCUAACCAAUGUAUGGACAGUUCUGUCCAGGUCCAGCUGUUUGUUGAACUGCUUAAUCACUAUAUUUAUUUUUAUGAGAAAGGAAAUGAUCAGAUCACUAUUCCAGUAUUAAAUCAGCUCAUCACAAAAAUCCUAUCUGGAUUUGAUUUUUUUUUUCUUCCUUUUUUCUUUUUUUCUUCCUUUUUUUCUUUUUUUCUUCCUUUUUUUCUUUUUUUCUUCCUUUUUUCUUUUUUUCUUCUUUUUUUCUUUUUUUCUUCCUUUUUUCUUUUUUUCUUCCUUUUUUUUUUUUUUUCCUUUUUUCUUCCUUUUUUCUUCCUUUUUUCUUCCUUUUCUUUCUUUCUUUUUUUCUUUCUUUCUCCUUUCUUUUUUUUUUUUCCUUUCUCUUAA